CUCAUGAACAUGAAUAUUAUUGAGGAUAAUAAUCAAUGAAUAUUAUUGAGGAUAAUAAUCAUGUUAUAUUACAAAAUCCUCAUUAUAUAUUUUGUUAUAAAAUCGAGAAAAAUAAAAAUAUCAAAAUCUUCAACUUUAGAAUUUCACUUAAAGAUUUUAUAGGUCUUCAUUACGAUUCAUUUUAUGUCUAUUGUGAUGGAAAGUUUACAAGGUCUCGUCAAUCUACCUAUGACGAUAAAAUUGUAUUAAAUAAUUACAAUGAAAGUUAUGAAGAAAAUAAAAUAAUUAUUGAUGAUCAAAUAAUCUCUAAUGAGAUAGCUAGGUCUAAUACAAGUUUUGUGGACAGAAGUGAGUACUCUAAGUACAAAUAUGUGCAAAGAAAAAAACGUAAAAUAUGUUUGGAAUUAGCUUUGCUUAGACCAACUCCAGCUCUUAUAUGGAAGGUAAUGAGUAUUAGAUGUGCAAAUAAAAUCUGUUACAUAUCAUUUCAAGAUUUAGCCAAUUUAACUUGUUUAUAUAAUGUAAAUAGUGAUAAAAAUAAAAAAAUUAUGGUAUUUGAAACUUGUCAAGGUUUAAUUAUUGGAACUUUAUUAAGAAAGCAAGGAGGGCAAGGAACUAUUAUACAAGUAUAUCAUGGAGAUUUUCCAAAUAGAACUUGUAUAGAUUAUAUGCAAUUACCUCAAUCUCAUUUUAAUUCCAUAUUUUCGGUUAAUUUUCAAAAUAUUCUUAAAAUGGGUAUGAAAUUGCAAUAUAGUAUUGAUAAACCCAUAAAUGAGAAUUCAGAUUUUUGUGAUAAUAAUGGGAUUGCUAUUAUCAAAAAGAAGGACGACCAUAAUACAGUAUGUGAUAGUAAUGGCAAAAAAUAUUUAGAUGAUGAUGAUUUAAGCUUGCCAAAAAGGGAUAACGUAAAGUUACUCAAGCACAUUGAAAUCGUGACAAAAAGGAAAUAUGAAGAAGAAAAGGCAAUAGAGAUCAUAUUUCCUCAAGGAGGAGAUUUUAACGAUUUCAGAAGCAUGGAUUCAUUGAUAAUUGCCUCCAAGUUUCAUCCUAAACAUAUAGCAUUAUCACUUAUGCGGUUUCUAAAAUAUUCAAGACCAAUAGCUAUAUAUUCGCAAUAUAGAGAGCCCCUCCUAGAUUGUUAUCAAGCCCUUAAAAAGACCGACUGUUUUAUAGAUUUGCAAAUUAGUGAAACAUGGCUUCGCGAACAUCAGGUUUUGCCUGACCGAACGCACCCUGUUAUCAAUAUGGAUGGUAGGUAUGGUUACAUUUUAUCCGGAAUCCACGUUAAUCCGACUAUGGAAUGAAAUGUUAUUAUAAUUACUGAUAUUAUUUUGUAAAUCGCAGCAAUUUAAAAAUCGUUGUAAAUUUAUUAUUAU